GCACUGAUGGGUGACAUUGAAAGGCAGCUCAGAUGGGCACUGAUAUGUGGCACUGAUGUGCACUGGUAUGCACUGAUAUGUGGCAUUGAAGUGGCACUGAUGGGCACUGGCACGUGGGACUGAUGAGCACUGACUGCUGGCACUGAUGGACACUGACAGGUGGCACUUCUGGGGCCACACUGAUCAUCAGGGCAUACUGAUCAUCAGUGCCCUCCGGCUCUCCUCUCCUCUCAAGCUGUCAGCGUGACAGCUCGAGAGGAGAGAAAUGCU